AUGGAAACAAUUUUAGUGGCAGUGACUGUUAUCCUAUUAGCUGUUAGUGACAUAGAUGCCAAUUGUUACGGAGGGUGUCCAGCCGGUUAUUGCUGCUCGUCUUAUGGAUUCUGCGGUAAUACCGCUACGUAUUGUGGAGGAGCAUGGACCGGCGCAGUUGCUGCCGUAGGCAAUUGCCAGGUUAGUGGCUGUGCGAGUGGACUGUGUUGUUCACGAUAUGGCUAUUGUGGUACUGGUGUUGACUUUUGUGGUGGUUCAGUUUGGCAAGGUGGCUCAGGAGGAAACUGUGCAGCGACUGGAUGUGCAGCUGGAUUAUGUUGCUCUCGUUACGGAUAUUGUGGAAAUACGGCCGAAUAUUGUGGAGGUAGUGGUUUGACUGGUUAUGGAAACUGUGCCGCAUCGGGUUGUGGUUCUGGUUUAUGCUGCUCCAGUUACGGAUAUUGUGGCAACGUCGCUACUUAUUGCCCAUGGUAUCGUAAAUCGUCUUCAAUUCCUGUUCCUGACCUUGAUGGUGUAACACAUGCUGGCGUGGCUACGUUAUAUAGCGUAAAUCCUAAUUAUGUGUACACCGCGUGCGGUUUAAAUUACACAGCUGAUGGUUAUGUUGCCGCAUUGAAUUAUGCUCAGUUUGAUCCGUUUACAAUAAAUGGAAUUCCAAGUACAAAUCCGUCAUGUAAUAAGAAAGCAUUAGUUACAGGACCGAAUGGAACUGAAAUUACAGUGAAAAUAGUUGAUCGAUGUCCAAAAGAAGGAGAUUGUAAUAAAGGCGAUCUCGGCUUAACAUUAUCCGCCUUCAAAGCUCUCGCUGGUGAUCAUGUCGAUGACAUAGGAUCAGUUAAAAUUGAAUGGAAGUUUGUUUGA